AUGCCUCCCACAACAGAAACUAGCACCACCUUGACCUUGGCCGAACUCACAGAAGAGGAGCGCAAGACCUGUCAAAAGACUGUGCGUCCCAACUGUAUGACGUUCAAUGAUGCAAAGGGACGAGAGUACAGCAUCCAUAUACCACUUGAGAGAUACGAUGAAGCUCUCAAGUUCUUCAUCGACUCGAACUGGGACGAGCUAAAGAAGUUUGACAAGUGGAACAAUCAAUCGUACAAGGACCAUGAGAUUAUGGUUGAUAAAUAA